CCAGAAAGUAUGUAGUUAUUAUUUUAAUGCAAGUGGCCAAAUUAAACAUCUGAUUAAGUCGAGCUGAUGCUGAUUGGAAUGUUAUUAGUUUAACCUAAUUCAGGGUUACAACAGUUUGACAGACGGUUAUCUACAAUAAUUAGUAUAACAUUUUGCUCAUUUAUCAUUUCUAUGAAUAAUAUUCCAAAUAACACAUUUGAUUCUGUCAACACAACUAAAAGGUCUUUCAUGAGAGGCCCAAUGAAUGUCACUACUUACUCUCAAUUUUCCUUGGUCUGGAAUACACAAGCAAAUUCCCCCAAGAUUUAUGAGUAUAUGGAAACGAGCUUGGUGACAUUUUUCUACACCAAAUGCCAUAAACCCUUCCGCCCAAGGGUGCUAUCAUGGUAACUUGUUGUCAUGUUUUACACUUGACUAGAAAUACCAGUUGGCAACACAAUCUCACCAAAAGCUCUUAAUUAGUCGCUGUUGUGGAAUCUUUGAUCAUAUCAACAGAUCUCCCCCAGCAGAUGGUUGUCAUGGAAAUAUACAUGUUCAUAUUCCGCUGUUUUUUAAAUGACAAGUUGUGGUGAGACAGAUUGUCCAGCUGAUGGUUUAAACCAACAUUAGCCUACAUCUGUAGAAAUGGAAACACCAAGAAGAGAGAAGUAUUACCUAAAUGUGGAGUUUGAACUGGAACCAGAGCAGACUGCUGCAGGCAGGCGGCACAUGAAGAUGCACAUCAUCAACAUGAGGAACCGCAUUCUGACUGUCAAAAACCUGGAGAGCCUUUUAACGUUUGUCCCUUCACUGCUGCACCGCCUCACCGGAGAACCUGACCUGUCUGUGGUCACAGAGGCAAAUGGCUGGGCUCGGUCACCUUUCUUUUAUGAAGACGAGGACAUGGAGAAUGCCAGAUACUGUCCUCUGCUGGAAAAACCAGCACAGGUCAUGAUGACCCCUGCAGGCUUUAGGCCAGCUGCUGGCAGACUGCUGUCUCCAGUCCACCCAGACAAAACCCAUAUUGCGGUUCUGAAAGCAGACCGGAGGAAUGACAUCCUCUGUUUGCAGCAGGACGACGUGUCCAUCUACAGAGUGGUGUCCUCAGUUUACAGUGCAGCAGAGGAGCAGGUGAAAGGCUGGUUCAGGCUGUCUGACUACACUGAAGACGGACAAAUGACUAUGUCAGUAAUGUGCUACUUCCCACCAGAGAAAAAGUUGAAACAGGAUGAGCCUCAUAAAAAAAGGCAGAAGGAGGAAACCUGCACAAAGGAGAAGCUCCCUGAACACCUCAGACUGUAAAUCCUCGACUUCAUGCAGCAAUAGAGAUAUUUUUUGAAUGAUUUAGCAGAUAAAAGAAAAAAAAGAACAAAAGAGAGGUUGCAUGUUUUUUGUGUUUUCAUUGUGAAUCUUUUCAUGGGAGCUGCUCAUGAGGUAAUCAUAUUUUAACCCUGUUUACAAAAAAUUGACGUACAUUUAUCUAAGAACACAGGAACACACUUCAUUUUUUCAGAAAGACAGAUUAAAGAAAUGCUGAAUGUGAGACUGCAUUUAGUUACAACAGCUAGUGGAACACAAAGAGGCCUGAGGUUGAGCUAACGUCCUUGUGAUUUAUGAACAACCUCCUCUACCACCUCAGCUUUGGUUACCCCAAAUACAUCUACAUUAUUUAAGCACAGAACGUUUACUUGUAAGAGUAUUUUUAUAUUGCUGUAGGUUUAGUUUUACUAAAAAGUCAGAGCUCUUCUUCCACCAGUGCCACAUGCACAUUUAAACCUCUGUGACAACAAGCACCACACUGUUACGCACCCGUCUAGGUGCGUAGGAUAAUGUUUGUUGGAAAAAAAGGUGGAAUAUUUUCCCAGUCCCCAAAAAACAAAAAACAGGUUCUUUAAAAAAUUACAAAAGAUUUAUUUAUAAUGUGGUAAUGGGACUUGAGGCAACCGGACAUUUGAGGAGGGGCUGCAGUCCGGCUUCUCUGGAGAAAGACCUAAUGAAAUCGUCACAGCAGGCCAGACCAUCGUGGAAUGACAACACAAUCUCACCUAAACGUGCACAUACAUAGAAUGGGAUUUUAAAAAUAUUAGACGGGUUUCACUACCUUCUACCAAAGCAUCUGUCUCACCCUCCUGGUAGAGAACAUCCAUCUUCCAAUGUUGCUCAUCUUUUAUCUCCUGCUGCUUCAACACAUUUGCUGUCAACAGAAGAAAACGGAUUGAGUCUCUAAUACACCUUCCAACUCUACUGUGCACAUGUGUACACCUACUUUAGAGAAAUGGCCCGUACUUACUCUUUUCAUCACAAACGCAGUGCCGCUGAGCUUUAUC